AUGUCGAAUUCAUUAAAACGUUUAGAAAUACGUUUAAAAGAACGUGAAGAUGAAUAUAUUUGUUAUAAACAAUUUUAUAUACUUGUCGGUACAUUUAAUGUUAAUAAUCGACAAGCACCAGCAAAUAUUUUACUUAAAGAAUGGUUUUAUAAAGUAACAUAUAAUAAUGAAGAAAAUAAACAAAUGUAUAUACCAGAUAUAAUUGCAGUUGGUUUUCAAGAAAUAGAUACAAGUGGUGGUGCAUAUAUAUAUGAUGAUAAAAGAAAAGAAGAUGAAUGGGAAUAUAUGGUACGAAAAACAAUUAAAUCAUGUUAUGAAAAAAAUAAUGAAGAAAAUAUUAAAUUUAAAUUACUUAAUCGUGUUAGAUUAAUGGGUAUAUUAUUAUUUGUUUAUGUACGCUCAACUCAUAUAUCGAAAUGUACAUUAGUAUCUCGUUCAUCAGUUCCAACUGGUUUUAUGGGAAUUGCUGGUAAUAAAGGUGGAGUUGGUAUACGAUUUCGUUUUUAUGAAACUGAUAUAUGUUUUGUUAAUUCACAUUUUGCAUCGGGUGAUGGACAAACACAACGACGUAAUGAUGAUUAUCAAACUGUUGAAUCACGUAUGGCUUUUACUGAUGGACCUACUUAUUCAAUUAAAGAUUAUUUUUGGUAUACACCAACAACAGCUGAGAGUAGUGCUCCUAAUCCUCAAAAUUCAUCUUUUCCUAGCCAAUGGUGGAAAAUAAGUGAUCAUGAUAUAAUAUUUUGGUGUGGUGAUAUGAAUUAUCGAAUAUCUCAACCUAAUGAACAAGUUCGUAAAGCAAUAAGUGAACUUUCAACUGUUCCUUUACAAGAAAAAGAUCAAUUACGUUGUGAAAUGAAAUUAGAUCAUGUUUUUACUGGUUAUUAUGAACCAACAAUUAAUUUUUUACCAACAUAUAAAUUUGAUAUAAAUACAGAUAAUUAUGAUACAAGUGAAAAAUUACGUACACCAUCAUGGACUGAUCGUAUAUUAUAUCGUUCAAAACGUUUAAAAGUUCUUAAUGAUAAUCAAAAUGAAUUAGAAACAAUACAAACAAUAAAUUAUUCAUGUGCAACAAAUAUUAAAUUUAGUGAUCAUCGUCCAGUUAGUGGUUUAUAUUUAGUUGUUAUUAAAUAUGAAUGUGAUGAAAAACUUUCAAAUCGUAUACGUGAAGAAUUAAUACGUGAAUCUGAUCGUAUAGAAAAUGAAUUAAUACCAGCAAUUGAAGUUAAUCCACGACCACCACAAAUUAUAUUUAAUCAUAUACGUUAUUUAGAUAAACCAAAUUAUUCAUUAAUUAUUAAAAAUAUUGGUGAAUGUACAUGUGUAUGUACAAUAGUACCAUCAUCAAUAUCAACAUCAUUUCAAUAUUUAACAUUUAGUCCAAAUCCACCAUAUACAAUAAAUAUUAAUCAAGAACAACAUAUAAAUAUUAGUUUUGAUGCUAAAACAAAUAUAAAACAAAUAAGUGAUAUACUUAUAUUACAUGUUGAAAAUGGUGCUGAUACAUUUAUUACAUUAGAUAUAACAUUAGAUAAUGGUCCAUUUAGUUUAUCAUUAGAUGAAUAUCCAUCUACAUUUUAUGAUAAUGAAAAUAAAAAAUAUAUUUAUACAAAUGAUAAUAAAUUUCAUUCAGAACAUAUUAUUGAAAUGAUUAAUGAUCCACCAAUAAUAUUUAUUUCAUUAAUUGAUUGUUUAAGAGAACGUAAUGAUGUUAAUUUAUUAUUUAUAUUUAAUAAUGAUAUACAAGAUUCACUUGAUUUAAUACCAAUACGUAAUCAAAUUUAUGAAAAUAAUUAUGAUUUUAUAAAUUAUUCAACACCAGAAAUAUUUAUGAUACUUUUACAUCUUUUACAAUCAUUACCACAACCAUUAAUAUCAUAUGAAAUACAAGAUAAAAUGUUUUUAAAUACAAAAGAAUAUUUUUUACGACAAGAUGAUAUGACUAAAGCUGUUAGUAUUAUAGUUGAACGAUUAAAAACAAAAGAACGAAAUUUAUUUUUUCGUUUUCUUAUACUUUUAAAAAAAUGUUGGCCAACAAAAGAACAAAUACAAAAAUCAAAUGAAGAAUAUGGUAAUAUAUUUAAUAUUGCUAUUGAUAUUCUAGCGCUUUCAAUUUUACAUGAACAUCUUGAUAGAAAUCAACGACAUGCUUUUAUUUUAGCUUGUCUUAAUGAAGAAAAGAAAAAUUAA